AAUUAUUUGAGAAAAUAUAUAAAUACAACACCAUUAUUAGUAUUAACAUCAAUCUGUACACAAAAAUUAUUGGUUAAUAUUAAAUUAUUUAUUAAUAAUGAUGAUGUUGUUGUUAAUAAUGGAGUUGGUGACUCUUUCCGUUCAUUUUCUUUCAUCAACGAAAAGGGUGUAGAUAGAUUGCAAGAAUAUAAAAAUCAACCAUCACCUGGAUCGUUCAUUGAUCAAUUUUAUCUUCAAGGUCAAGGUCAUUCACAACAACGACAAGUACAAAACCAACAACAAGAACAAUUACAAAAUCAACAGCAAAGACAAAGUUACCCACAACAAUUAAAUCUUCAAAUAAAUGACCAACAAGAUUAUAAUCAACAAGAUGAAAUUUUGAUUAGAAUACCUUCACCAACAUAUUCAUCAUUUACAUCAUCAACAAAAGUAAAUUCCAUGCCACCAUCACUUCCUCCAGUAAUAGUACACAAGAAUACCAAUUCCGAUAUUUAUGAAGAGGAAGAAGUUAGAUAUUCUUAUGUAGAAUAUGAUGAAAAAAUGCUUUUAAGUUCUCUUGAUAAACUAAAUGGUAAACGAAGAACUACACAAGAUUUUGGCGGUGCUUUGCUAGAAUACUUUAACAGUCUCACGUUAUCACGUUGCGCUUCACCUGUUACAUCUACAUAUCCUAUAAAUCGUAGUAGUAGCAACAAUUUAGCACCACGAGAUUCUGAACAAAUCAAUAACUUUGGAAUAAACAAAAUUAGUAGAUUAAGUAAUUUAAAUAUGAAUGGUUUUAAUAACAAGGAAAGAAUGAGUAGUCAAUCAAGAUUAAGUCAAGGGAUAAGAAAAAGUAAACAACAAUCUCAACCUAUUUUAGUUGAUCCAAAUGAUAUAUAUUAUUUUACAUAUAGCUAUGAUAAUGACAAUGAAAUUUACCUAUUUCCUGCUAUCCAAAUUCAAUCUGAUCAAGAAGAGGAAAACAUGAAAGAAAAAUCUACUACUUCUAACAAUUACGUAAGAAAAAGUAAUGAAUCGUUAACACCACCCUCAAUUCGUCAUCAAUCAUUUGCUUUUACUGGUAAAAUUACUCCGGAUAAUAGUGAUAACAAUUUAGCAGAUAAUAAAAAAAUUGUUAGAGCUAGUGAUAUUGAAAGUAUUUUAUCAAAGGAAAAAAAUAAUGAUAAACAAUAUGGAUUCAUUUAAAUGAUAUCUUUAUUUUUUUUCUUAAUAAAAAGGACAAUGUAAUAUAUAUAUAUUUUUUUAUUUUAAAAGUAGUUAUAAUUAUAAAUGUAAAUGUAAUUGUAG